AUGCAUUUCCUUAGUCUGAGCAGCCUCGCAGUAUUGGCCGUCGCCUCCUCUGCUUUUGUCCUCCCUACCAGUGAUGGUCAACAAACCAGUAUAGAAAUCGACAAGCUCAAGGACGAAUAUGACCUUGAACCUUCCGCAAGCUUUGCGUUCUCGGGCAUAACGACUUUCGCACAACUUCCCUCGAUGCAAUGCUUGACGGAGAACGGAACUGUAGACGAUAUCUUGAUCUUGGGAUUCCCGUUUGAUACCGCGACAUCGUACAGAACCGGCACACGCUUUGGGCCAAACGCUGUCCGCCAGGGUUCUCGAGCAGCUUCCCUUGCUGGACACUACAACUAUCGUCAGUCGAUCAACCCCUAUGAGCAGAAUGUAUCUGUGGUCGACUGUGGUGACCUCCCAAUCUCGCCUUUUGACAAUGGUCUAGCUUUUGCUCAGAUGGAAGAGUGGUACAAGCGGCUUCUGUGGAGAGAGGUCAAGUCUACAGAGAAGGGAUUGCGAUCAUCAAAGACCGGUCGAGUUCAUCCGCAAAUUGUUGCGCUUGGUGGUGAUCACAGCAUCUCAUUGCCAAUUUUGCGAGCCUUGAACACUGUCUAUGGAAAGAUUUCUGCCAUCCAUAUAGACGCACAUAUCGAUACUUGGUCCCCCAAAGUAUUCGCAGGAUCCAAAGCUGGUAGCAAACAAGCUGAGUAUGCUGACGGCACACCUUACUAUUGGGCUGGCAUGGAAGGCCUGUUGACCACCAAGAACGUCCAUGCUGGGAUCCGAAGCUCCUUGGACUCAGAGAAAGACAUGGAACUCGAUCAGGAAGUGGGAUUCACAACAAUUCCCGCGUCAGACAUGUUGAAGAGGGAUGGUGUAUGGGGAGUAAUCGACAAAAUCCGUUCAAUUGUUCCCCGCGACCAACCGAUCUAUGUAUCCCUAGAUGUUGACAGUCUCGACCCUGCCUUUGUGCCCGGUACCGCUGGCCCAGCUUCUGGAGGAUGGACUCCGAGAGAAAUCAUUCAAAUCAUCAUCGAUGGUCUGGAAGGUUUGAAUAUUGUCGGGGUGGAUAUUGUGGAAGUCCUUCCCGCUCUGGACCAGGCAGAAAUCACAGGCAUAGCUGCUGCAGAGUUCACGAUAGAGAAUCAGCCUCUAGGUCCGCUGGUCGUUGGUGUUAUUGGGUGUGGAUGA